AUGGCUGCAGAGACUACAGCAGAUUACUCCCAGCUGAAGGCAGAGAUCCUGGCCAGAUCCGGAGUAAUGACGGCAUUGCGAGCCCAGAGAUUCCAUGAAUGGCAGUAUAUGGAGGACAAGAUACCCCGAUCACAAUUGUUUGACCUGAUCCACCUGACCUGGAAAUGGCUGCGCCCUGAGGCCCUCAGCUCUGAGAAGAUGAUGGAGGUCUUGGAAAGCAAGAACAUGUCUAGAAACCCACCUGCACCGGAUAUGACAGUACUGGCCAGUGAAGAUCACUAUGAAGCAGAAGAUUUUGAGAUGACCCUGGAAGAGCUGCGUGUCCUGAUGGAGCUACGAUCUGUUGAUGCUCUGAAAAAAAUAAAAGAGAGUUAUGGAGAUGUCUUUGGAAUCUGCACAUGGCUCAAUACAUCCCCAAAUACAGUGUGUGUAGGCAACCAUUCUGCUACUGAAGAGGAUGAAAAUGAGAUGGCUUGGAUUGAAGGAACUACAAUUCUUUUGUCAGUAGUUUGUGUAGUAUUAGCAACAGCAUUAAAUGACUGGAGUAAGGAGAAACAAUUUAGGAGGUUGCAGCAUCAUAUUGAAAAAGAACAGAAGUUUGCUGUUGUCAGAGAUGGUCAAGUCAUCCAAAUACCCAUAACUGACAUAGUUGUCGGGGAUAUUGUUCAUAUCAAGUAUGGUGACCUUCUACCAGCUGAUGGUGUGCUUCUCCAAGGGAAUGACCUCAAAAUGGAUGAGAGUUCACUCACAGGAGAAUCUGAUCAUGUUAAGAAGACUUCGAGUGGAGAUCCCAUGCUGCUAUCUGGUACCCACGUGAUGGAAGGCUCUGGAAGAAUGAUAAUAACUGCAGUGGGUGUAAACUCACAGAUGGGAAUUAUCCUCACUUUGCUUGGGGUGGGAGGAGAACUAGAGAAGGAGAAAGUGAAAAAGAAAAAGAAAAAACAAGAUGUCUCUCCUGAGAACAGCAACAAAGCAAAAGCUCAGGAUUAUGCAGCCACAGAAAUGCAGUCUGGAACUAGUAAACAAAGCACUAAUGGAGAUGAGACAGUCACCAGGCAAUCAAAUUUGCCAAAAAAAGAAAAAUCAGUCCUACAAGGGAAACUUAUUAGAUUAGCAGUUCAGAUUGGCAAAGCAGGGUUGGCAAUGUCUACAAUCACAGUGGUUGUCCUUAUAGUUUAUUUUUUAAUUAAAACAUUCUUGAUUCAGAAGCGUACUUGGACUGCUCAGUGCACCCCAGUUUAUAUAAAAUAUUUUCUGAAGUUCUUCAUUAUUGGAGUUACGGUCUUGGUUGUGGCUGUGCCAGAGGGUCUCCCACUUGCUGUCACUAUCUCACUCGCUUAUUCUGUAAAGGAAAUGAUGAAAGAUAAUAACCUAGUGCGGCAUUUGGAUGCUUGUGAAACAAUGGGCAAUGCAACAACCAUUUGCUCAGAUAAAACAGGAACAUUAACCAUGAACAGAAUGGCAGUAGUCCAGGCUUUCAUCAGCGAAAUGCAUCAUAAAAUUAUUCCUGCAUAUGAAUCAAUUCCUCAGACUACUCUGAGCUAUCUUUUAACAGGUAUUUCUGUGAAUUGUGCUUACACUUCCAAAAUAUUGCCUCCUGAAAAAGAAAGUGGCUUGCCACGUCAGAUUGGCAAUAAAACUGAAUGUGCCUUGCUAGGAUUUCUUCUGGAUUUAAAACAGGAUUAUCAGGCUGUAAGACAUCAAAUACCAGAAGAAAAGUUGUAUAAAGUAUACACUUUCAAUUCUGAUAGAAAGUCAAUGAGUACAGUACUGAAAAAUGUUGAUGGUAGUUACCAGAUGUUCACCAAGGGUGCUUCUGAGAUAGUACUUAAAAAAUGCAACAAAAUCUUGAAUGCUGCUGGUAAACCUAAACCAUUCAACUCAAAGGACAGUGAUGAUAUUGUAAAAAAUGUGGUUGAACCUAUGGCUUCUGAUGGACUCAGAACGGUAUGUCUGGCAUUCAGAGAUUUCCCAGCUGGGCAGGCUGAACCAGAGUGGGACAAUGAAAAUGAUAUUAUCAUGGAACUUACAUGUAUUGCAGUUGUUGGCAUUGAAGAUCCAUUGAGACCUGAGGUUCCUGAUGCAAUAACAAAAUGCCAGAAUGCUGGCAUCACAGUGCGCAUGAUUACUGGCGAUAACAUUAAUACUGCACGCACAAUUGCUUUGAAAUGUGGUAUUUUGCAUCCUGGGGAGACCUUCCUUUGCUUGGAGGGAAAAGAGUUGAACAGAUUAAUACGUAAUGGAAAAGGUGAGAUUAAGCAAGAGCUCCUAGACAAGAUUUGGCCAACACUUCGGGUGCUUGCAAGAUCCUCCCCGACUGACAAACACACUUUGGUAAAAGGUAUAAUUGACAGCACCAUCUCAGAACAGAGACAAGUUGUAGCAGUAACUGGUGAUGGUACUAAUGAUGUGCCAGCACUGAAGGAAGCAGAUGUUGGUUUUGCUAUGGGCAUUGCUGGAACAGAUGUAGCCAAAGAAGCAUCGGAUAUUAUUCUCACAGAUGACAAUUUCACAAGCAUCGUUAAAGCAGUUAUGUGGGGCAGAAAUGUGUAUGACAGUAUCUCCAAAUUCUUGCAGUUCCAGCUUACUGUCAAUGUAGUAGCAGUAAUUGUUGUAUUUGUGGGAGCAUGUAUCACGCAAGAUUCACCACUGAAAACUGUGCAGAUGCUGUGGGUGAACCUCAUUAUGGACUCAUUUGCUUCUCUUGCUUUAGCUACAGAAAAAUCAACUGAGUCUCUCUUGCUACGGAAGCCUUAUGGAAGAAAUAAACCCCUAAUCUCCCGCACAAUGAUGAAAAACAUUUUGGGUCAGGCAUUCUAUCAGCUCGUGGUCAUCUUUACACUUAUUUUUACUGGUGAAAAGCUUUUUGAUAUUGACAGUGGAAGAAACGCUCCUCUGCAUUCCCCACCCUCCAAUCAUUACACGAUUGUAUUCAAUACUUUUGUGUUGAUGCAGCUUUGUAAUGAAAUCAAUGCCCGAAAGAUUCAUGGUGAAAGGAAUGUCUUUGAGGGAAUAUUCAGUAAUGCCAUCUUUUGUGCUAUCACUGCUGGUACGUUAAUUCUACAGAUACUUAUACUGAUAACAACAAUUCCAAAUAACUAUUUGAAGUUCUUGACAGAACUUGGUCAUGGGCCACCAAAGGAAGAAAUCCUUGAGGAAGAACUAGCUGAAGGUGCAGGAGAGAUUGACCAUGCUGAAAGAGAAUUACGUCGUGGUCAGAUCUUAUGGUUUAGAGGGAUGAACAGAAUUCAAGCUCAGAGCCGAGUGGUGAAUACAUUUCGCACUUCCUUUUAUGAGGAGUUACAAAAACCACAAACACACAGUUCUGUUCGCAGCUUAAGAGAAUCUAAGCAAUGA